AUGCCGGAAUACCGCCGGAAGCUGCAAGCUCUGGACUUCAGCGGCAAUGAGGAAUUCGCAGUCCGCACCAAACAGCCAUGGCCGGCAGGUCCGGUUUACGCCAUGGCCGUCUUGAUAGCUUUCACUUCUGCCGCCGGCGUCUCUGACCACUCUCCUUUACUGGACCGGGACCAACGUGACCAAAAUGGGGACGACUAUGAGCAAAGUCGCGUCCCGUCACGAACUUCACCGCCUGCAUCGGGUGAGACUGCCAGACUGGAAAUGGUCUUUGAUCACUUGAUGGAGAUAUUCGUGGCCACUCGAGCGUAUCGUCACCUGAUUACCAUCGCCACGGUCGCAAACCAGUUCCCGCUCUGGUCUACGUCUCCGACAAUUUCUCAGUGGUACGAAACUCUCCGAACGCAAUGCCUGGAAGAGUUGCUUGGCGAUGGCACAGUUAAGAGAUCUGAGGCUGAUAUCUGUGCCGCUGCAAUCACCUGCCUGGAAGAAGUUCAUGACGGCGCUGCGCGACUCUUGGAGUCGAAAAAGGAACAAUUAUGGCAACUCGAACGCGACAAGAAAUCGCUUCGGUACGAUUUUGUUUGGUUAAUGAAGUGGACAACAAUCGUCUCACAGGAGUUUGUCGCCCUAUUGCAUGAAAGAAAUCCUGCUGCUCUGGUGGUUCUUGCGCAGUUCAUUGCCACUUGCGACUUGAUUGAGCAUCAGUGGUAUUUAGAGAAGUGGGUGAAGAAUGCAAUGGGUGCGGUCAGGCAUCUACUUGGCUCAGUGUUGCGGUUUGUGCCUGAGCGUUCGGUCAAGGAUCUGGUAACAGUUGACUUGAAGGUGUAA